AAAAAAAAACAAAAACCAACGGUGUUGAUAAAACCUAAUCUCUUCAUCGCAGUCGUUCUCCUCUUUCCUCUCUUUGUCCAGCGUCCGAUCAAAACUCUCUUCUCCUCCAAUCAAUCAUCCUCUCUCCCGCCCUUUUUCGAAUUCGUCAGGGUUUCUGAUGGCGGAGACGCAGGGCAAGGGCGCGAGUCCGGGCGGCGGCGGUAGCCACGAGAGCGGCGGGGGCCAGAGCCCGAGGUCGGCCAACGUUCGCGAGCAGGACAGGUUCCUUCCCAUCGCUAACAUCAGCCGUAUCAUGAAGAGGGCUCUUCCUCCCAAUGGCAAGAUCGCUAAGGACGCCAAGGAGACUCUUCAGGAAUGCGUCUCCGAGUUCAUCAGCUUCAUCACCAGCGAAGCCAGUGAUAAGUGCCAACGAGAGAAAAGGAAGACCAUUAACGGAGAUGAUUUGCUUUGGGCAAUGGCUACUUUAGGAUUUGAAGAUUACAUUGAACCCCUGAAGAUUUAUCUGAUGAGAUAUAGGGAGAUGGAGGGUGACACAAAGGGUUCAGCAAAGGGUGGCGACGCAAAUGGAAAGAAAGAUGCCCAACAAACACAAAGCGCUCAGCUUGCUCACCAAGGCUCCUUCUCACAAGGUCUUGCUUAUGGAAACUCUCAAGGUCAGCAUAUGAUGGUUCCAAUGCCGGGCACAGAAUAAUCCAUAACAGUUGUACCGCUCACUCCCCAUGCAAGAGAGAGAGGAUUUCAAAAAGUCUUCAAUCUGUAGGGUUUCUUUCAUGGCGGGCGUGAGUGAGAGAGGUGGUUGGAUGGAUCAUGCUUUAGAGUGAGGGGUUGUGCAAUUUAUGUAUACAUACUCUUAGGAAAGAGCGUGUUUUUCUUUUUAUAUAUCUUCAUUUUGAUUGGUCUUCUUUGGUUUCUGUAAUGUAUAUUUUAGGACAUGCGGUGACAUUAGUUACAAAAAACCUGUCUGAAAACGAGUCUAUACCUUCGCGCUCUU